AUGCCGAAGGCCCGUCGGGAAGAGCUAGGCCAGGAGGGUGGUUCCUGGCAGCCACCGAUCUCCACCUACGGCUGGUCCAGCAGACGAUCGAGCUGGACUUCCAACGCCACCGAGAACGAGGAGACCGAGACCUCGACAGCGGAGCCCACCGAGGAGACGUGGGCACCAACAACAGCUUCCUGGAAUUCCUGGGGAUGGAAUUCCUACGGCAGCUGGAGCGGCUACCCCAGCUAUGGCUAUCAAUCGUGGACAUGGCACCGAGACCGAGCUUCGGAGGCGGAGGCUGCCGCUUCCACCAUCGAGAUCCUGCCGGAGUUCGUCCAAGCUUGGUACCUGCUGGCAGAUGCUGGGUUGACCACGUACGAGCGGAACCUCAUCCAUACGGCUGUGGCUGGCGAGUAUACACUCGCUAGGGUGUCCCACGAACUAAGAACACAACAUGGAGAUGUGGAACACCGACGGCGAGAGCAGGGCGGCCAGGCCUUCAUGGGCGACGAGAUCCUCGACGAGGCCUACGAGGCGAACGAUGCCGAGAUCGAGGAGCCCGCCAUCGACCUGGACAGCUUGAACGAAGAAGGCUCGGCGCUGUGGGCCGAGAACCAGGCGGAGAUUGAGUCUGCCUACGCGGUGAUGCGCGAAGCCAGGCGCACCUUGAAGAUGGCGCGCGAGAAGCAGCACCAGGUGAAGAUGGCCCGGAAGUACUUCCAGCCCAAGGACUCCGGACCUAAGGACGAUUCCAAUAUGACAUGUCUGCGAUGUGGGAAGAUUGGGCACCGAGCUCGCAACUGCCCAGUGGCAGCUUCGAGCUCCUCCACCAGCGGCGGCACCAAGCAGAUGGCUCCUUUCGUCUGCUACGCGGAGACGCAGGAAGAGGCGCUCACGGCGGGGCCCACGACACAGGAAGCUAUCCAGGAUGGCUACUGUGUGGUAGACGGAGGAGCCACUCGAACCUUGGGCUCCGUGAAAGCCCUCGAGCAGCUGUUCAAGAAGAAUGUGGAGCGCUACGGGGAGGACAGAGUGCAGAGUGUUGACUUGAAGGACCGCCCCACCUUCGGCUUCGGGAACUCCACGGAAGGGCAGUGCCUCUCCACCAUCCACCUCGGCGUGAACGCGGCAGGCCAGCGAGGCAAGAUCGUGGUGCACGCAUUGGAUGAAGGAGAAGGCCCUGUGUUGUUUUCCAUUGAUGCGCUUCGGACAAGGCCCUUCCUCCACGCCUACCAGAGAGCUAUGAUGAAGAUGAACCAAGCACAACUUCGCGAGGCCAUCCUUGCCAGGGGCGAGGAAGCACCGCGGGAGUGGAGCAAUGUGGAGCUGCGCGAUCGCCUCACAGAGUUGAUGGAGCUGGGAGGCGAGACAGUGGGCAAUGCGCGGAAGACCGACUUGAGACAGUGGAUCAGCGACCUCAACAAGGCGAGCCGGAAAAAGGAGCAGUUGAAGAACUUUUGCGAGGAGCGCCUCAAGAUCACGCUCCAGGGCAACGAGACGAUACCUAUGUUGCAGAAGCGAGCGACCAAGGUGAUCUACGAGGUGUCCAUCGCGAACGCGCUGGACCCGGUCGGCUUCGGCAAGUUCUCGACGAUGACGUAUGGACAAGUUCGCCGCGAACAACCCCAGUACUCUCGCUGGGUGCAAGAGACCCUUCUCGAGGGAGGAAACUCCUGCGACUACCGGUUGAUCCGCCUGGGCACAUGGCUGAUGAACCAGCCGGACGAGGACGUCGAGGAGGAGAAGGCGACCAGCCACCCGGCAGCCAAGACACCGGCACGAGCGGCUCCCAAGGCAUGGGCGCCACCGAAGGCCAAAGGCAUCAAGACUGGCAAGGGCUACAACGAGAAGAUCAACACCUCCGGCGGGGGAGGUUCCAGCGGGGAUGCACCUGCCGCUUCCAGCAGUGCCGGCGACCAUCAGAAGAACCAGGCGGACCAGAUGAAGAUCAUGAUGGAGACAAUGAUGGCAAUGAAGGAAGAGAUCCAGCAGUUGCGCGAGAACCAGAAUGUGGAGGAACCCCGACGCAAAAAGAAGGAGGACUCCGAGGCUGGGACAACGGAGAACAGCUACGCAGUGGUGAUGGACCCGUGA